CGGGCGGGGGAGAGGAGCGGCCGCGGCGGGAGCGGGAGGAGCCGGAGAUGCUGCCAGCCCUCCCGGGGCCGAGCUCGCUCAGCCGCCGCCGCCGCACCGAGCAGCCGCGCGCCGGGAGCCGCGGGCCAGGCCAGCCUGGCUGCCGGGGCCCAGUGCGCCGCGCUCGCAGCCGGUAGCCCCGCCAGCGCCCGUCUGCGCUCGCUUGGCCGCCGCUGGGCCCGAGGCCGGUUCAGGGAGGGGGCGAGGGCGGCGCCCGGGCGCCCGCCGGCAGGGGAGGCAGGAUGAGCAUCGAGAUCCCGGCGGGACUGACGGAGCUGCUGCAGGGCUUCACCGUGGAGGUGCUGCGGCACCAGCCCGCGGACCUGCUGGAGUUCGCGCUGCAGCACUUCACGCGCCUGCAGGAGGAGAACGAGCGCAAAGGCGCCGCGCGCUUCGGCCAUGAAGGCAGGACCUGGGGGGACGCGGGAGCCGCCGGCGGGGGCGGCACCCCCAGCAAGGGGGUCAACUUCGCCGAGGAGCCCAGGCACAGCGAUUCGGAGAACGGCGAGGAGGAGGAGGAAGAGGCCGCGGAUGCAGGGGCAUUCAACGCUCCAGUAAUAAACCGAUUUACAAGGCGUGCCUCAGUAUGUGCAGAAGCUUAUAAUCCUGAUGAAGAGGAAGAUGAUGCUGAAUCCAGGAUUAUACAUCCCAAAACUGACGAUCAAAGAAAUCGAUUGCAAGAGGCUUGCAAAGAUAUCCUGCUGUUUAAGAACCUGGAUCCGGAGCAGAUGUCUCAAGUAUUAGAUGCCAUGUUUGAAAAAUUGGUUAAAGAAGGGGAACAUGUAAUUGAUCAAGGUGAUGAUGGCGACAACUUUUAUGUAAUUGAUAGAGGAACAUUUGAUAUUUAUGUGAAAUGCGAUGGUGUUGGACGGUGUGUUGGCAACUAUGACAAUCGUGGGAGUUUUGGUGAGCUGGCCUUAAUGUACAACACACCCAGGGCCGCGACAAUCACUGCUACCUCUCCUGGUGCUCUGUGGGGUUUGGACAGGGUAACCUUCAGGAGGAUAAUUGUAAAAAAUAAUGCCAAAAAGAGAAAAAUGUAUGAAAGCUUUAUCGAGUCACUGCCAUUCCUUAAAUCUUUGGAAGUUUCUGAACGCCUGAAAGUGGUAGAUGUGAUAGGCACCAAAGUAUACAACGAUGGAGAACAAAUCAUUGCUCAGGGAGAGUUGGCUGAUUCUUUUUUCAUUGUAGAAUCUGGAGAAGUGAAAAUUACCAUGAAAAGGAAGGGUAAGUCAGAGGUGGAGGAGAAUGGUGCAGUUGAAAUCGCUCGGUGCUCUCGAGGGCAGUACUUCGGCGAACUGGCUCUGGUAACGAACAAGCCCCGAGCCGCUUCCGCACACGCCAUCGGGACCGUCAAAUGUUUAGCCAUGGAUGUGCAAGCAUUUGAAAGGCUUUUGGGACCUUGCAUGGAAAUUAUGAAAAGGAACAUCGCUACCUAUGAAGAGCAAUUAGUUGCCCUGUUUGGAACAAACAUGGAUAUUGUUGAACCCACUGCAUGAAGUAAAAGUAUUGGAGCAAGAAGACCUCUAGUGACAAAAUUACACAGUAGUGGUUAGUCCACUGAGAAUGUGUUUGUGUAGAUGCCAAGCAUUUUCUGUGAUUUCAGGUUUUUUCCUUUUUUUACAUUUACAAUGUAUCAGUAAACAGAAUAGAUAUUUAAUAGUCAAUAGGCUUUAACAUCACUUUCUAAAGAGUAGAUAAAAAAAUAUCAACAUACUGAUAAAAUGACUUUCUACUCCACAAAAUUAUGAUUUGACUGAAAGAUUUAUUCAGAUGAUUGUAAUAUAUUGAAAGUAUCUGUGUUUAAGAAGAUAAUUAAAGGAUGUUAUCAUAGGCAAUGUGUAUUCAUUUUGACUUACUCAGAUUGAUGUGUUAUGACUACACCCGUGUAAAAGGGAACUUGGCAGUGAAUCAUGCUAUACAGCAUGGCAUCACAUUCUUUUUACAACCCACUAUAUAUAGUAAGUACAAUUUAACCAUUUUUUGUUUUAAUUUUUCUGGCUUGAUAAGUUAUAUGCUGGCUUUGGCCUAUUGGUGAAAUGGUAUAAAACAUCAUAUGCAAUUUUAAAACCUUUUAUAUUUUUGCAAUAAAGUACCUUUUGACUUCUUGGGUAUAAUGUCAGUAACUACAUACUCCAGUGGUUUAAGGACAGGCAGUUUAGUCAUUACAACAACAGGAAAGCGUCUUUAGAAGAAGGGUCAUUAUUUUCCUCAUAAAGCAUCUAUCUAUGCUUCCUUUUUUCAUUUUUGCAGUUCUCUGUAUUUGUUUUCUUUAAAAUUUUGACAGUUAAUGUCACAAAUAUUUUUAAAUGCUCUUUAAACUUAAUUGUUGUCUUUUAAAAGCCUAAGAUCUUAUUAUAUAUGCUAAAAAAAAAAAGUCUCCUAUACCAAAAAUAUUUGGGGUCCUUAUCAACAUGCCCAUAGAUAUUUCUUUGUUCUUCACUAGACAUGUGUAAUAAAAUCCUUGCAGACAUCUGCUCCCAUGGGUUUCCUCCAAAGUGGGAGAAAUAAAUUCUUGUAAGUAAAACAUAUAUAAGGAUAAAAAGGAAUUUCUGCCCAUUCCAAGUAUACCAUUAGGCCUCGCCACUUGCUUUAAUGCAGACUCUCAACUGCAUUCAUUUCAUUCUGCAAAUGCAGAAUGAACUCAGCUGAAUAGAUUUUUGUUGAUACUUGAUAAUGCUUAUUAUCCUGCUACAUAAAAUGAAUUAAUUAUAUUCCACCAAAGCAGUAUACUCUCACAUGAGUUCUAGGACUACGUGACCCCAGUGUCUAGAGACAUUAAUUCUAACCAGUUGUUCCCUUAUAAAUCAGCGAUUUCAUUUUGGGAAAUAUGUUUCAAAGAAAUAUAUACAUGGGUAAAAAAAUUCUUUGGCUAGUGUGGUCUUAUUAGAGAAUGUUUCUGGUCUUGCUUGUAUAAUGAAAAUAUACAUGAUAAGAUACGUGAAUUGGAUAAUGUAUAUAUAAGAAGUAUGUAAAGUAUACCUUCAGCCACAUUUUAGGACAGUUUUAACUACUUUGCAAACUUUCCCACGGGAAGAGAGCUUACUGCGUGCAGACUUGUUUUCUAUAAUAUUUCAGAUUUUAAAAGUCAUGUCUGCUGAACAAGAAAAAACACAAAGAACCCCAAAUUCCUGGUUCAUCAUUCUGUAUUUUCAACCUCCUUCACUUUUUCAAGUUACCUAUUUUGUUGCAUAAGCUAAUUGUUAACUACAAAUGCCUGUUUAAUAAAGAACUCUGACCAAGGCUGUAAAUGCCAGUUACAUUAUUUUCAGUAUUGUUGGUUAUAUUUAAAAUUUCCUUAUAAUAAAGCACAGUUUUAUAAUAAAA